AACCAAGCCAACCUAGGUGCUCUCGCGAGAAAGACAAAUCUUGACAGACGAGAUACCUGCUACCGUACCGUAUUAUUUGAGCCAGCCAAAAAUGAAUGAGACGGAUGCUCCAAAUCAAGGGCAACAACCAUGGCUUCCCCCAUAAUUUAUUCAGCACCUUCAACACACAACCCAUUCUCAUUCUCACCCCCCAUUCAAUAACUAAAACUUCAAUCUGUACAUCGUAUAAAAAGAACACCACCAAACCCAGAUAUCACCCUGCCUUACUAUCAUCAUCACCGCCGUAGCGCACCGCAGCGCACCGCAGCGAAAGAUAGUACACCAUAACCUUCCGGGUUGGGACGCCUAUCGCCGAAGCCGAUUAGAGUCUUUACACAGUAGCAACGCGGUUUCUUUACCUUGCUUAGUAGGCGGACAACGGUUUGGGAGAAGGGAAUCCGGUGGAUCACAUUUCAUACUUUUGCCAGGUUGCCAGGUUGCCAGGUUGAUGACCUGACCCAACCUAAACUAAUACAAAGUGCACAAUCGCACCAAGGCGUUUUAUUUUUCUUUUUCAUCAAAAGAAGAAUCUUACCACCUUCCCUUCUAACCAUCACUCUUUUCCACCUUCUUUCAUCCACCAUAUCGUUUACCAUCACCACCACAUUCACACCUCGCACUACAAUUUGCUAAACCAUAACCCAUCAAAUAAUUUGCUUGCCAUGCCUACACCUAGCAAGACAUCCGCUUCUAACAAGGAAAAGGAUCGGCGAAAGUCUACCGCAAAGCCUUCCCUAAUGGCUACUUUGCGCGUCAAGUCCAUCAGCCUUCGCAAGAUUAUCGAUCCAGCCUCCAUCAAAGAAGAGUCGCCCAUCAAAGAGUCUCCGGCCCCGCCGACGACCCUUCCUAACGAGCAACUUCCCAAUGACUCUUUGCCAGUCAUUUCAAAUGGCGAGAUUGCUUCUGCGUCAAACCCAGGCACUCCUGCGCCUGUAGGAACACCUUCUCAAUUGCCUAUGGGACCGCCGACCGAAGCACCUAAGAAGAAGGGUGUGAAGAGAAGCGCUGCCGGCGCGAAUGGUUCCGACCCAUCGUCAAAGGCCAAGGGUAAGCCUGGCCCAAAGAAAAAGCCUAGACUGGACGAUGGUACUAUUGAUUCCAACGGCCGAGCCAACGGUGGUACAUAUCACAAACUGGGACCGAAGGCGAACCAGGGCGCUAUCAACGCCGGGCUUCGCGCACUUGAUCGAUCUGGCACACCCUGUCGAAAAUGGAACAGAGGUGGCUUUCGGGUGAAGAGCUUUACUGGUAUUACCUGGGAAGUUCCCCGAUGGACCGCACCGCCCAAGCCCAAACCCCAGGUUACGCCCGAAGAGCCAGCUCCCUCGACAGAGAGCAGCAACAAGGAAAAUAAAGAGGGCAGUCAGAUGAAAAGUGAGGCUGCUAACAGCCAUGCCGAUGGAGAGCAGCAAAGCAGCAUGCCUCCGAGCAUCAAUGCUAGUUCGCCAGCUCCUACUCCGAUCAUUACUGCCUCGUAAGCUUCGCUUCAACGUCUCUUCUUUUCAGCGACCUUUGACAAUGGUCUUGUACGUUUGAUGCGCAUUCACGGGUUUAGGCUGAGGAAAAUAUGGCGUUAUGGGUUUUCGCUGUUACGAUACGCAACUAAGGGCUAUUGAUUUUACUGCCAGGUCGAGAGGCAUUCCUGAGGCUGUCUGGAAAUGGUAAGGUGUAUCGGUCAACAUAGCCACUUGAGCUACUUGAAAGUUUGGCGUCACGGAAAUGGAGAGGAGUUAAUGUACAUUAUAAUUCGCAAGUUGACGGUUGGCGUUGAGACAAAAGUCUGGCAUGGUCGAUAGAGAUCGGUUUUGUAGCAAAUGCAUAAUCCUGUAUUGCAAAUGGCGUUGAAGUAUGAUGAGAUUCAUGAUUUCUUCUGCCAUGUUGCUAUUGCCUACCUGUAGCUAUCACUCGCUAAGGCACCUAUGUUGCGAAGACCAUGGCUUUGGACUCGCUGGACAUGUAAUUAGUGCUUUAGGAGAGGCCUGACCUAGUCUCAUACGGCUGUGACGAUGGCACGAUGGUCUAUCUUGGUCUGUAGUCAGCAUAUUUUUGGUAUUGAAAUCGUAGAAAAGACGUUCCC